GUACUAGCGUUAAGUGUGUGCUGGUGCUGGUGUGUGUGUGUGUGUGUGUGUGUGUGUGUGCAUACCAUUAACAGGUUCUAAGUAAUAACAGUUAUGGUCCAGUUAUGUUUGUGUUAAGCGGCUUUUCUUCAUGCCGAUUCAUUUAGACCGGUUGGGAAAUGUACUGCAGUAUAAAACGCGUUAUUCAGCGCCUCAAACCGAGCGGUUUAUUCCAGCAGCAGCAGCAGGCUUUGGUCCGUGUGCCCUGCAGAGCUGUAGGUGGCGCUGUAGGCCCACCUAUAGAUGGCAGUGUGACAGUAGAGCAGGCAGUCAGUCUGUGGGCUCAACACUUCCAGCAGCAGGACAUUUCUGAACCACUUCUGUCCAGCAGUUACAUCAUAGCUCACAUACUUGGGCAGAAAACAUUGGAGUGUAUAGAGAGGAGUAGGCUCGGGGACAGAUUGACUGAACAGCAGAGAGAGAUGGUGUGGGAACUGUGUUCAAAACGCCUCACAAGGAUGCCAGUUCAGUAUGUGAUAGAAGAGUGGGAUUUUAGGGACCUCACUCUGAAGAUGAAACCUCCAGUGUUCAUCCCCCGCCCUGAAACAGAGGAGCUGGUUAGUUUGGUGUUGGAGGAUCUGCAGGAACAGCAGAAGGAUAAGUCUCUGCCUGCUUUACGAUGCCUAGAGGUGGGCUGUGGAACCGGCGCCAUCUCUCUUAGCUUACUGCACAGCCUUCCACAGCUCAAGGCUAUUGCGUUGGACAAAAGCCAGGAAGCAGUGUGCUUAACGAAGGAAAACGCGAGCAGACUGGGGCUCGACGACAGGCUGAAUGUUCAUCAUUUAGAUGUUAUGACGGAUGAAUAUCUGAUAGUAAGAGACUGCGGUGCUGUUGAUGUGCUGGUCAGCAACCCCCCCUACCUGUUCACACAGGAUAUGGAGUCUUUGCAAGAAGAGAUAGUCAGGUUUGAAGACCACGCUGCUCUAGACGGGGGAUCAGAUGGAAUGUCAGUUAUCUGUCAGAUUCUAGCUCUCGCCCCAAAGCUCCUAACAGAAGAGGGUCGUGUGUAUUUGGAAGUGGACCCCCGGCACCCCCCUAUGAUAAAGCGUCUAACAGAACAGAGGAUGAUUGGACUGCAGUAUUUGGAGACACACUGUGAUCUCACUAAUAGGCCAAGAUUCUGCGUUCUACAGAGAAGGAGAUGAGUGGGAGUGAAAGAGAGGGUUUCUGUGUGACUAACAGGUACAGACUGUGUAAGAAUGUCAGGUCAGAUAUGGGUUGAGAAAGAGGGGGAGAUGGAUGGAUAGAACACAUAACUUGGAAGAAAGCUGAUAUGGAGACGAUGGAUGGAGCCACCGCCAUGAAGGAUCUGUUUCUGUGGCCAUGUGCCAAAGUGCAUUGCUUGCAUCUCAGCUCCCAUCAUAAGCUGCCCUCUCCUCUGCACGUCCUGUUUUUUAAUUAAAGGACCCACAUCAUCAAAGUGCAUUUAUUUGAGCCAAGUGAAAGGACCCUUUUUUCCUGCAAAGCUACAUAAACAACCAUAUCAGUUUUGAUAUCAUACUGUCAUGUGUUUGAAUGUUUAAGCCUGUUCUGCUGGAAAGCUCAUAAAUAGUGUACAGUACAGCCAAUCAGAACAGAGAUCAUUAAGUGGUAUGUAAGAAUAUGGCAUUUUCUUUUCUUCCUGGCCACCCUUACAUUUGCUCACUUUUACACCACUGUUAUAAAUACAAAUACUUAUUUCAGUUGCUCUUUGUGUGCAUUUGUGGACAAGCUGAUACAUACAGAACUAGCAUCUGUAGUGACAAAUGCAUGUCUGUGGACAAGAUAAAGUACUACAACAGGUUUUUACACAAAUAUAACUUUGGUUACACAACAGUGUUGCACAGUUCCACCAAAGUUACAUAGUCCAGUAGCAGCAUUUUGUGUCUGAAGUUCAAUAACAGAGAUGCUUCCACCCAAUUGCUUUUAUAUCUCUCUCACUCAGGGGGUUUCUUUAGCUCUUUCAAGACUUUAAAACAAGCUUCCAUCCAACAGUCUUUUUAUCACCCACAGGAGAUAUUUAUUAAAGUCUGGGAAAUAAUAAUUUGAUCCUCUUCUUAUUUACUAAGUUUACCCUCUAUACUUUUAAUUGUAGGUUUAAUUUAAAGAAGAGAGACAUAACAUCAACAAAAAAUCUUGAAAAAUAUUAAAUCAAAGUUAUACAUUAACUUAUAUUUGAUUAUGUGAAAUAAGUAUUUAAUCCCCUAACAACCAGCAAGAAUUCUGACCCCCACAAACCAGUUUUGUGCCGAAGAGGUGCCCAAAUUAGUCAUUUCAUUUUAGGAAGGCAAUGUUAAUCUGUAUAAAAGACCCCUGUCACAGAAUCAGUCUCUUCCAUUUAAACCUCUCUUCCACUGUUGGCAAAACUAAAGACCUGUAAAAAAAUGUUAAGGACAAGAUUGCAGACUAUUUUAUUAUUCUCUAUUCUCUUUUAAAAGAUCAGACUUUCACUAAGUUGUCUGUUUAUUUCAAGCCAUCAACAGCUCUUUCUUUAUUAGAUUUUUUUGUAUUUGUUUUUAUGUGUACAUUUUCUUUUUGUUUAAUAUUAACUAGUUCUUUUUUAUUUUGCAGCACUUGUGCUAUUGAAAAAAAAAUGCCAUAACAUGAUCUGAAUUAUGACUUUUUGCUACAUAAACUUAUGGAAGCAACAAAUAAAAUCCAGGAAAAUGAA